AUGGCCGGCCUUUCUUCUAACUGGAAGCAGCUUCAAGCCCAGCUAAAAUCCCAGACUACUCCAAAUCUCAAACGCCAUGCAGACUCGAAAGAGCAGCGCCAGACCAAAAAACCAAGGACGACCACAGCACCAAAACCUGCCAAAUUAAAUCCUAAAAAGUCUCAUAAAAUGGGAGGUGUGCAAAGUGCACCUCCAAAAGAGGAUAGAACCUAUGGAAAAGCACCAUCGCUUGCAUCAUGGGCUGCAGAUAAUGGUAUAUCUGCAGAAUCGCUUGCCGAAGCAUACGACCUAGGCUCUAAAGACAACUCAAUGAUUACAAACGCCGGGAAAGACAAAGUAAAUCACGGUGUAACAAAGGGUGUUGAAAUUGGAAAAUACGUUGCCAUUGACUGCGAAAUGGUCGGGGUUGGUCCUGGUGGCUACGAAUCCGUGCUCGCCCGAGCAAGCUUAGUCGACUUCCACGGAACCCAGAUAUACGACUCAUAUGUUCGCCCAAAGGAGCGUGUCACAGACUGGAGAACGGCUAUCAGUGGUAUCUCGAUAAAGGAGAUGCGAUUUGCAAGGGAAUUUUCAGAAGUACAACAGGAUGUCGCCGACAUUCUCAAAGGACGAAUCCUCAUUGGUCAUGAUGUCAAGCACGAUUUGACUGCUCUCAUGCUCAGUCAUCCCGGCAAGGAUAUUCGCGAUACUUCAAAGCAUCAUUCGUUUAAGAAACUAGGCAACGGCAGAAAGCCCGCGCUGCGCGUGCUUGCGCAGGAGCUUCUGAAUGUUGAAAUCCAAAGCGGUGCUCACUCGAGUAUAGAAGACGCUCGAGUCACAAUGCUGCUCUUCCGCAAACAUAAAUCGGCCUUUGAUGUUGACAAUGCGAAUCGAUAUGCUCCAGCACCAUCCAAGAUGAUGACGAUCAAGAAGUCCAAGAAGAAGAGAAAGUAG